UGUAUCAAUCGCAUGAAAAUCGCGACGCACCGCGAUCAUGUUUUAUUGACUUUUUAUUUAUUAAAAAUAAUUAUUUAUUUCUACUUUCGUGAAUUUAUCUGGAAAGAUAGGUGAUAGAAUUUAUUUAAGUAUAUAUAGGUAAACACUCACCAUGGUGUCACUUGUGGGAAAGAUUGUUAUCACAGUGGUGACCUUAGCAGUUAUUGCUGGAAUGACAGCAGUUAUCGUCACUUUAGUAAGAAAAGAAAAUGAUGUGGGCACCACGACUACGUCUCCGACGACGCAGGGCACGACAGAGCCUGUCUACGAGGACAUGUUGUAUGAUGUGGGUGUGGGGAUAGCCGAUAUGACGGGCCCGUGCGUUGAGAUUGUUUUUAUGGGCUACGCAGAAAUAGGCCAGACGGGGCGAGGUCUGCACACGCGGCAGUAUUCAAGGGCCUUCAUCUUCGUCCAGGGAGACACCAGGGUCGUGCUGGUCACAGCUGAUGUCCAGGCUGUUGGCAUCCAUGUUCGACGUCAGGUGGUGAGGAACCUCCAGGAGCUCUACGGUGACAUCUACACGCUGAAGAACGUGAUACUAGCUGGUACGCACACGCACAGUGGGCCGGGCGGUCACCUGGUCAACUUUUUGCUUGACGUCAGCAUACGCGGCUUCUCCCGCCAGACCUUCGACGCUUACGUCGACGGCAUCACGAGGAGUAUAGUUCGAGCGCACGAGAACAUAGUCCCAGCUCGCCUUUACUACGGACAAACAACAGUCAACAACGCGCAGAAGAACAGAUCUCCUUACUCGUAUGAUUUCAAUCCUGCCGAGGAAAGAAUGAGAUACACAGACAAUCUAGAUCAUGAACUGACGCAGAUACGCAUAGUGAAACAAAAUGGCGACCUCCACGGUGUCCUCAACUGGUUUGCCCUCCACACCACUAGUAUGAACAUGACAAACAGGCUCAUCUCAGCGGAUAACUUUGGCUACGCCGCUAUGAAGAUGGAAAAGACUUUGAACCCUGAUAGCCCAGUUGGGAAGCCAGAAGUGGUGGCCGGUUUCUUCACAGCAAACCUGGGUGACGUGUCUCCGAACUUGGAGGAAGCUCAGUGUGAGUUCAGCGGAGAGUAUUGCGACAACCACUUCCACCUGUGCGCAGCUGGAGAGAGGUGUUAUGCUCUGGGGCCAGGGAGCGACAUGUUCGAGAGCACGAAGAUCAUCGGCACCAGGGUCUUUGAAGGGGCAUUGCGAGUGCUAAACUCUCCUGGAGAGGAGCUGACUGGCAGCAUCGCAGUACGACACCAGUUCGUGGAGAUCCCGGAUGAGAUCGUCGCGCGCUACAAUCCUGUCACCAGAACUUUCAACCAGGAGGAUAAAGUCAGGGGUUGUUCUCCCGCUAUGGGGUACAGUUUCGCUUCAGGCACAACAGAUGGCGCUAAUACGCUUAACAUAACACAGGGUACAUUGGACGGAGACGCGUUCUGGGACUUCGUCGGCGGGCUGGUAGCGGCGCCAACACCUGAUGACGAGGAGUGUCACGCGCCGAAGCCUAUAUUGUUGGCGACUGGACGAACAAACAUUCCUGUCCCGUGGCACCCUCGCAUAGUAUCCGCCUCCCUCAUCAUGCUCGGGGGGCUAGCCGUGAUCGGAGUCCCGGGGGAGCCCACCACCAUGUCCGGGAGACGCAUGAGGGACGUGGUGGGGGCGGUCAUGGAGGACCAUGGGGUCGAGCCGAGAGCAGUGGUGACGGGCCUGACCAAUGAGUACAUUCAUUACAUUGCUACGUAUGAAGAAUAUCAGGUGCAACGCUACGAAGCAGCUUCCACUAUCUAUGGUCCGCACACACUCGAAGUAUUCCUAAAUAAGUUUUCGGAGCUGGCUACAGCUCUUUUCGAGGGCUCCGAAGUGGCUGAGGGUCCAGAGCCCCAGGACCACAUCAACAACACCCUUUCGUUCAUCUUGCCCGUGGUAACGGACAACGCAGGCCUUCUGCAGAGUUUCGGAAAUGUGCUCGUACAACCAGAGCCAGUCGUGAGACGGGGGGACACUGUCAGCGUCACAUUUGUCGGGGCCAACCCACGAAAUAAUCUGAAGCAAGAAGAGACAUAUUUCGUGAUUGAGAGACAGUUGAUGGGCACGUGGGAGGUGGUGGCCACUGAUGCUGACUGGGAGACCAAGUUCAUCUGGGAGCGACGAUCGACGAUCCUGGGCACGAGCAGCGUGACGAUAGAGUGGACAGUGCCGGAGCACGCGCUCGUCACAAUCUACCGCUUCACGUAUUACGGCACUGCGCGCGGCUUGCUCGGCAGCAUGAACGACUUCAAUGGCACUUCUGACACGUUCUCUGUCGACAUUUGAUGUUAGCUUUGUUAUUUUGUAGUUUUUAACCCUCAACGCAAAGGGUGUGUUAUAAGUUUGUCCGUCUGUCUGGCUGUGUACGUGGCAACGUAGCUCAUCGACGGGUGAACCGAUUUGCUGCGUGUUUUUUUUAUUUGAUAGCUAAUUUUUAUGCGGUGGUUCUUAGUAUGUUUGAACAAAAUCAGGUUCAGCCGUUCAAAAGUUGUAGCGAAAUGAAUAUUGAAGGAUUUUUUAAUUUGUCUAACAAAUAAACUUGUAUAAUAAAACGGAUUAAAAUGUU